AUGGCGAACCCAAAUGAGCGAAUUGUGCAAAGUGAGCUGGACGAACCGUCCCCAAGCCCCUCAAGUGAUUCCGCAUCGGCGUUCGCCCAAAGCUAUUGCAACAACAAUCAGUGGGCACAUCUCAUGCUCCCAGCCAUACGAUCGUACUGUGCGUCCUCACAAAUCCCACAUCUGGGAAACCGCGACGAACUCGUCGCAGCGCUCCAAGCGCAAGGCGUACAGCCCAUCAACGUCCUCCAAAACACGACACCGGGCCCCUCGGCCAGUCCUUCCGCCGCAGAACUCACGGCCAACAUAACCGAAACGCUGCUCCGACGCCGGGCAGACUUUCCAAAACAGGCCAAAGGAGAAGACUUCGAAGUCUACCUCCGACGACUGGAGAUAGCAUUCAGUCACGACGGGACGUCAAACAACACCAAGAUCGACUGCCUGAUCGGGCACACGACACCUACAGUCGCGGCGGCCGCCCAACGACUGUACAACGAGGGCUACCACAAUUACGACGACAUCGCCGAGCGGCUCAAAAUACAAUUCGGGCUCUCGCCCUUCGAACAUUUCACGCGAUUCCUUGCUCUACGCCCACUCGAAGAUGAAUCAUGGGCACAGUUCGGGAAUCGCCUACGAUGCGAAUACAUUCGCUAUCUACCGCUCAGCGCAACCGACCUACCCGGACAGGAGAAAUCCAUCACAGCUGCCCUCAUCGGGCAACUCCUAGCGAUCACCACAGGAGGGCUCCAUGCCCAUCUCUACUCCAAGGCAACCGCCGAUCGAACCCUAACAUGGGUCAACUGCCUUGCAUACGCGGACAAAUACCGCCGCAUGCACCCCAAUACGCCACGAGCAUCACCCGCUCCACAGAGCCAACAACAAACCAACCGACGACCAAAAACCACGGCGUCCGGCGUACAGAAACAUUACUGUGACCAUCACCAACGGUCACACGGCGGCAAACUGCCCGAACCAGGGAAACGCCAAGAUCGGGCAGUGAUGGCUGUCCUCUGCUUGAUCCCCCAAGAUACAGACAACAGCCUCACGAUCAUUGGAAUCAAGAACAAACGCGUUACAGCGCUGAUCGACACUGGAGCCACCAGGUCAUUCAUGGCAACCGACAUCACAGCAGAAGUAGGGCUCACACCCCACCCGACGAAAGCGAAGAUCUCCGCAGCCGUCUUACACAUCUCUGCCGACGUCAGCCACUCGAACAGAACGCGAUUGCAAAACUACUGA